UCAACAGGAAAGAUAAGAAGGUCAAACAGGAAGAGCUGUAUUGGAGUCAGCUCUGAGCAGAGCCGAGGACGGCACAGAUCGGUCUGUUUACCGGCAUGUUACAACAAAUCAGACUUUGAAAAGAUUUCUGAUAAUGUUAACUGUAUCGCUGUGAGGAGUUGCAUGUUAUGGAGAGUUCAGCAGCAGCAGCGGGAGGCAGUGCAUCUGUGCUCAGGUUUCAUGCAAUUACAGAGGAGGGAAUCCCUGCUAGUCUAGAUGGAAAGCAAGACAGUAAUUUGGAAAGGAAAAAGAUAGAGCAGAGAAGAUGGACAUCUGACUGGAAACAUGAGGAGGCCAAUGCUGUCAUGAAUAUUGUCAAUAACGAAGAUGAGCAGGACCCUUUGCAAGAACAAAUGGGGUAUUCUCAAAGUGAAAAAUGUACAGAUGUCAGUUCAAGAACACUUGCUAGUCAAGCAGAGAAUUUUCCAACUGAUAUCUCCUUGAAGUUAACUGCAGUGAGACGAAAAAGUGGAUGUGCUGAUCCCAGGCUCCAAAGACAGCUAAGAGGACGACUCCGUCUUCUGGAAAAUGACAGCAGUGAGGUCAUGGCAGUCUUCAGUGAGCUCUCUGCUAGACUGCUGUCUAUUCAUAGUGACCAAGACCUAAUAGUGGUGACAUUUAAAACUUUUGAAGAAAUAUGGAAGUUUCUAACCUACUAUUCGCUUGGUUUUAUAAAUCACUGCAUGGAGAAUUUAUUCCUAGAUCAAUCUUUCUGGCUUUAUUCUCAAGAGGAGGAAGAAACAGGCAUUGAAGUCUGUAUAAAUGAAAAUUCUUUAAAUUUGAUGUACAGAAGUCUGCUAGUACAGGAAGGGGCAUUUUUUGUUUUAAGUCCUGACAAUCUGAUAAGAAAGAUAAUGGCUACAGACACUGAAGUAAACAUUUACUGUGAGAAUGGGGCUCGUACUGAAGAUGCAUCAGGUGGAUCUGUAGAUGGUGACAUGACCAUGCUGUCUAAUGUUUCUUCAGAGCCAUUGAUCCCUUUUCAUCAAUGGUUUCUUAAAGUGUAUUCUGACCCUAUUGAUCUUACUUACAAAACAGAAUCUAAAUCCAUCAGGCAAAUUGCAACAGGAUCCUGUCUAGCUGUGUUGAAUUAUGAAAGUACUGUGCCUGAAGAGAUUAGUUUCCAAGGAGGGGACAAAAUUGAAAUCCUUGGCUACUUCAUUGAAUGCAUGGAAUGGUUUGUUGGAAGACACGUGUUUACUGGUCAAAUAGGUUUUGUAAAGACAAGUUACGUUAAACUGGAUGUAUCAAGAAAUAAACCACAAGAGCUGGAAUUUCUUGAAGCAGAAGAGCUAUCCUUUUUUUCAAAAGGAAAAAAUUUGGAAGAAGUAAUAUGUUUAUUGAAACAAACCUCCAUCACAGAUGUUUGCUCUGUGUAUAGAAUAGAUCAGCUAGAAGAACUAGAAUGUCAGAAGACUCAUGAAUGUGAAAUUCUAUGCCCAUGUUCUAACACGAUAUCCACUAGCAAGAAUGGCAAGAUAGAAGAAUUCCUGAAAAACUUCAAGGAUUUGGAGGCCACAUGGGCUAGAGGGCCAACUCCUGAAAGAAAGGAUUCUGCUAGCUCUUUAAAUACAGAGAUUUUUCCUCAACCUGAAAAACUUUUCUUCCACAUACAUCAAGAUGAUGUUCAAGCACCUGAAGUAUUUGAGUCACUGUUGCUGUUCUUAAACAGAAAAAAUUAUGAGAGAAACUUCAAAAAUCUCUAUGAUUUCUCUUAUCCCUUUAUCAAUAACAUGUUUUAUGGUUAUUCAGAGGAAGAAGAACUGGUUAACUUUCUUAGAUUAGCAAGAGAAGCAGCAAAGAAAGCGAACAUGUCCUGGGCUCUAGCAAGGUUAUGCUUUCUCUUAGGUAGGCUGAGUGUUAAAAAGCUGAAGUUUUCCCAAGCUCGGGUUUAUUUUGAGGAAGCCUUGGGAGCCAUAACUGGAGGAUUUAGUGAUCUGUAUCUCAUAAUUGCUCUUUAUACGAACCUAACAGUCAUCUAUUUGACACAAAAGAACAAAGAAAAAUGUGUUCAUGUUUUUGACAAGGCUACAUCCCUUCUCAUGGGAAUCCCCAACUACAUUUGCAGUGCUGACCUGGAGUCAGAUAUUCUAAAGUAUGCUCUAAAGAAGGCAAUACUGAGCCAGAGCAAGCAUGCGGAGGCAAGGGCAUGCUUUCUAUUGGCAAAACAUUACACUGAACACAAACAGUAUGAAGAGGUGCUACCGUUCUUGGAAAGGUUGCAACUGUUGCUUAAUGACUUGAGUUUACAAAACAACUUGACAAACAACUGCUAUUUCAAACUAGCAGAGUCCUACAAUGAGAAAUGCUUACCACACAUUGUGUUAAGUUGCAUAAAGGUUGCCUCUUCCCACAGCUCAGGUACCUUAAUGGAUUCCUUGAAGAGAAUUGAUUUAGUCAUCAAAAAUGCUCCCAAGCUCUACGGCCUUAGAAAACUCAGGCAAACGCUCCCAUCUCAAAUUGCACCUUACCUCCUGCAAGCACUCUCCUCUGCAUUUACUAACGAUCACCAAGGACUACGCAGCUCUAUCUAUCUUGGCUUAGCAGAACUGUACAGCCACCACAAACAGUACGGAAAAGCUAUUGCUUAUAUGAUGAAAGCGCUAGACUCUGAUAUUUCUGCUAAGCCAGAGGAAACUGUUAACCGUUUGGUUUCACUUGCUUGGUUACACAUUCUUUACAGGCAAUAUGAUGUGGCAUUAGCUGUUUUAAAUGCUGUUGUAGAUUCUUCAUGGAGUAAUCAUCAGCAACUAGGUGUUGUUUAUAAUAUGCUUGCCAUUGCUUUAAAAAGAACAAACAAUACAAAAGAAGCUGCUGAGAACUACUACAAAGCACUGCGUCUUUCAGAAGAGACUAACAGGAUUCAUAACCAAGCUAUAGCCCUGGCUAAUUUUGGGGCACUCUGCCUGCAUGCAGCAGCCAGUAAACUGGCAGAACACUAUUAUAUCAGGGCAGUGAAGCUAUUCUCCAAACUUCCAAUUACGGACUGUGGCCGAGAUUUUAUCCAAGUUCUCCUUCAGUUGGGAUGUUACUAUGUUAGUGGAACUCAGAGAGAAAAAGGAAGGUUUUAUUAUGAAUGGGCGCUUUUAGUUGCAAUGGAGACAAGUCAUUUGGAAAGUCAACUUCAAGCUAUUAAGCUGCUGUGUCAAUUCUACAGUACAGUUAUUCCCAAUGAGGCUCAGUGCGUCAUCUACAAUGAAUAUCAACUAUCUUUAGCUAGAAAGAUGUCCAACAAAGUUCUGGAGGGACAAAUUUUGGAAACCAUUAGUCAGCUCUAUCUGUCUCUAGGAACAGAAAGGGCUUACAGAUCAGCUCUGGAAUAUACCAAAAGAAGCCUUGGAAUAUUUAUAGAUCUUCAGAAAAAAGAGAGAGAAGCAUAUGCUUGGCUACGGGCAGGAAAGAUCUAUUACAUUCUUAGACAGAAUGAGCUUGUGGAUCUUUACAUUCAGGUUGCUCAGGAUGCUGCUCUUCACAUAGGAAAUUCAAAUUUAGGAAUGGAAUUGUUUGAAGCUGCUGGAGACAUAUUUUUCAAUGGUACUUGGGAAAAGGAGAAAGCAGUAACUUUCUACAGGGACAGGGCUCUUCCACUUGCUGUUGAGACUGGUAACAAAAAUGCUGAACUCCGAUUAUGCAACAAGCUGGCGGAACUGCUUGUGAAUCUGAAGGCUUAUGAGGAAAGCCUGGAAUAUGCAAGAUUAUCCCUUAUACUCAGUGUGAAUUUAGGAAAUCAGCUAAAUGAACGAAUAGCCUACCAUCGACUGGCUACCAUCCAUCACCAUUUGGGUCACUGUGAGCUUGCUGAACACUUUUACUUGAAAGCCUUGUCCCUCUGUUCCUCUCCUUUGGAGUUUGAGGAGGAAACACUGUAUUAUGUCAAGGUGUACUUGAUCUUAGGAGACAUCAUAUUCUAUGACCUAAAGGAUCCUUUUGAUGCAGCAGGCUAUUAUCAUUUGGCACUGGCUGCUGCCAUGGACUUGGGCAAUAAAAAAGCUCAGCUGAAGAUUUAUACAAGACUUGCAGUAAUCUACCAUAAUUUCCUUGUGGAUCGUGAAAUGUCUCUCUUCUUCUAUCAGAAGGCAAGGACCUUUGCAACCGAGCUGAAUGUUAGGAGAAUAAACCUAGCUCCUGAUAGGUGUUAUAAGAAUUCAAGAGCAUCUUUGAAAAAUGCAUCCUAACAACAAUGGAAUUAGCUAUAGAAAUACUGCACUGGCUUUGCUGGAGCAUGCAGAAUGCAUUCAGUGUCUCAUACCACAUAUGUUUUAAGUGGGAGCUUAGCAUCCCAGACUCUUUUAAUUAAUUUGAUUUUACCGAUUACCUGUAACAACAGUGGACUGCAUUUCAUUGUCUGAGAUGUACAGUCUUGUGCUUGUAUUUGAGGAUCAGCUAUGAACUAAAACCAAAACCCAAAAGCCUUUAUCUUUUUCUUAAUAUUACAUUUUUCUUUACUGUUUCUGCAUAGCUGGAUAUCAGGAAAUGACCAAUGCAUAUAUGCAAUGAAAUAUAUUUAAUAAAGCAUUGCAGAGAAAUAACACUCCAUGGAAAGCUGUGGCUUUCUUUGAAUGACCUAGCUCUAUUGUAUUUACUCAAUGUUGUAGAAAUACUUGCACAAGCAUGUUAGGGUAUUUGGGAAUAUGUUCAAUCCAAUUCUCCAGGCAUUGCUCCUCAUUUCCCCUCAAACACACCUACUGCAGAACUCUUAAACUCUAAUUAAGA